AUGUCCAUCGCUAUCCCCAAGCCCAUUCUCAAAGGAAUGGACCGAGAGCAUAUUCGUCUCUUGGACCCAAAAUGCGGAGCAACUGAGAAUGCCACACAUUUCACUCUGACAACAGCACUGACGAAAUGCAACACAACACGAAGACACACCAAGUCUUCCAUUGUAUAUAGCAACACUGUGCUGGAGAUUCCGCUGAAAAAUAAUGACAUCAUUACCCGUGUCAGGGAAAUUGAGAUUCCAUUCAGUUGUUACUAUUCAAAUAAAAGAACAGCCACAGCCGUUGGAAUAAGGCCCGAAAACCGAAAGCUGGUUUUCUCGGAGAAAGGAAAAGGAAACUUCACCGUUAUGCUGGAAUUAUUCCACAACAAAAGGUUUGAAACAAAUUAGAACGUAAACAUACUCAUUGCUUAAAACAAACAAACAAACAAACAAAUAGCCAGUAAAACGAAACACUUAUUUGAGGAUCUGAAUGGUGGCAUCUCGAUAACACUAAACACUUCAGUUUUGGCUCUCUAACAUGAAACAUUGAAAUUUCAGGCAUUUUAACACUAACAGUAAAAAAUUCACCUAAUCAGCUCCUCCCGUAACAGUAAUUUUUUCCAGAGAGAAACAAGGACGGCUCCAAAAAGGCCAAUAUUAUUUGGUUUAGCAUUUCAAGGAGUUUCCGGCCAUUCUCCGGCAAUUUCCGAUUAUUUCAAAGGAUUUCUGAAGACUACCGAAGAUUCCCAAAAACUGGAGAAGAUUUUCGAAGAUGUCAGAAAACUGCCGAAGAUUUUCAAGGAAACCCUCCAAAAAUCUUGACUUUAUUUUUGUCGCUAAUUUCACAUAUGAAAGAUAUAUUUUUUACAGCUUACAGAUAGGAUUUUUUUUUCACGAAAAACCGGCCUCCAAGCACUUAACUGUAUUUUCUCCGGAAACAGUAAACAUUAAAAAAUUGGCCAGGUUAAUAGCAGACACUUAAAAUUUUGGCUAAAUAACAAUAAAAACUAAACCCUAUUCAAACCAUCUUAAUUUCCUUUGACUUGAUCCUUUCCUUUUAUUAAUCUAAAACAACCUUGUGCUUUGCAGGGGUAUUGUAACGGUAGAAAUCUAUAUAUUUUUAUGUGGAAGACCAGGGAACCGAGUGUCUCCAAUGGUUAUUUCUAAUUGUAAAGUCAAAAAGGAUAAGGCUUCAAAUCGACUUUAAGCGACUUUGUAAAAUACCUCUUAGUUACUGGGUUGACCGUCAGGAUAUUGGACGCUGAAAAAUGCCUUUCCACUCACUCUUAUUUUUAAAACUAGCAACUUACCUUUAUUGCACGACAACAAAUACUGAACAUACUAGGCCAGUUUUUGAUAACAGAAGUACCUUACCAUUUGUUAUGUUUUCAGAUUCAUCACAUCAUAUAGUGCCAAUGACUACCCAUUGUCCUUUAAACUCCGACAAUUGAUGUUCUUCCAAGCAAAAGUUCAGAGCAAAGACAAGAGGCUAUCAAUCUUGGCUGAAAAAUGUUUCGCAACACCAACUUCUGAUCAGAAAAACUCGAAGAAACAUUUCAUAAUGGAUAAUGGGUAAGACAAGAGCAUUUUUGUCAUUGCUCUGUUCAUAUAACAGUGUUUCGAAUAAUAUCCUCAUUAUCUUUUUCACUAUGUACAACACGAAACCCCACUCCAGCUUUCUCCACAUCUACCUCGAGACUAAGCCAAAGAAAAAGGAUAUGAGGAAAAGAUAAAGGGUGAAUCUUAAAGAACUUUCGUCAUUACUUUCUUCAGACAACCAUCUUAUGACUAUUCUUUAUUACCUCGGCAAAACACAGCUUAUAAAUGAUGAAAACUCUCUGCUCUAUACUUGAACUACUUUUGUCCGUAAAAAGGUAUCUGUAACAUUAUCAGGAAUUACUGUAUUGCCUUUCUCAUUAAUUUUUUACUUUGACAUAAACACUUUUUCCUUGGUUAGAUGUCCGGUUGACGAUACAGUGGAACUCUAUCCCUCCCCCACGGGCACAUUUCGAUUUAGUUUGGAAGCCUUUGAAUUUGUGGAUGAGCCAUUUGUCUUCGUUCAUUGUCACGUGAUCGUCUGCAACGCGACAGAUCCGCAAUCCAGAUGUGCACGAGGAUGUGAAAAGAAGCCUCGGCUCAGACGUGAAGUCCAACAUCACAAGAUAUAUUCCUUGGUGCAAGGACCAAUGACGCUGGAU